AUGGCGUCGCCUCUGCAGAAAGUGGACUAUCUAGCUCCAUUCACCAAGCUCUCUUCCUGCAUAUAUGUCUCAGAGCCAGACACCUCAGCUGAAGACACGGGAUAUUAUCCCGAAACAAUUGUUGUUGCGUUCUGGAUGAAUGCGUUUUCGCGAUCCUUAGUCAAGUAUAUCGCUGGGUACCGGCAACUUGCCCCUCGCGCGAGAAUCAUUUUUAUCCGAACAUCCUCCUCUGAAUUCAUCCUCCGUCCCACAAAGCGGGCGCAGUAUGCCCGUCUUGCGCCCGCUGUCGAGGCUCUGCGUGCCCUUCCUACAGACAGCCCAGUGUUUUUUCACAUGUUCUCUAACGGGGGCGUAUUCGCUACCACGCAUCUCCUCGAAGCCUAUCAAAAGGCUACCGGUGGUCCACUCCGUAUUUCCUCUACGGUUAUUGAUAGUGCACCCGGGACAGCUACGCUCUCCGCAUCCAUCAAAGCCUUUUCUUAUAUUCUGCCUAAGAGAUGGCUUCUUCGUCUUUUUGGCAAGCUCCUCUUAUACACUUACUUGGCAUCCGUUUUCACCCUUGGUAAGGUGGUUGGAAAAGUGCUUGGUAUUCGCGAUGUAGUCAGCGUCGCCCGCCAGGCCAUCAAUGAUGGCCAGCUAGUCCGCGGAAUUAACAAAGCCGGCCCCCCGAAGCGGUGCUAUAUUUACUCGGAUGCCGAUGAGCUUGUUAGCUGGAAGGAUGUGGAGAAGCAUGCCUCCGAUGCGGAAUUGAAGGGCUUCCCGGUCCGUCGAGAGAAGUUCUCGGGGACGGAGCAUGUUGCACAUAUGAGAGCUGAUCCAGAACGCUACUGGAAUACGGUGAAACUAUAUCUGAAUGAUCCUGGAUUAUUGAGUCGAGUCAGGACUACCAAGACGCCGGCGUCGUUGAUUUUUGAGUGA